GAUGGACACACAAGCAGGAACAUCUCAGAAGGACAUCUAAUGUUAUCCCCGGAUUGUGACAUAAAAGAUAAUGACAGUAGACAGGAUUCUCCAGGAAAUAAUCCCAUUACCCCAAUUAUACAUCCAGCUCUAUCAGCUGAUCCUCCUGAUCCUGGGAAAUGUUCUCCUGAUCACUCUGAUAUUGGUGCAUCUGUUACAGCUCUGACAGUAGAUACAGUGUUUCCCUGUUCUAUAGAUUCCAAAUGUUUUACACAGAACACAAAGCGUAUUACCCAUCAGCCUGCGAAGGCAGGUGAGAGGCCAUUUCCAUGCUCUGCGUGUGGGAAAUGUUUUGCAUACAAAUCAACUCUUGAUGCACAUGAGAGAAGUCACACAGGUGCAUCACCAUUUUCAUGUUUUGAGUGUAAGAAAUGUUAUACCCAGAAUCCAGCUCUUGUUAUACAUCAGAUAAGUCACACAGGUCAGGGGCUAUUUCCAUGUUCUGAGUGUGGGAAACAUUUUGCACAGAAAUCAGAUCUUGUUGCGCAUCAAAGAAGCCAUACAGGUGAGAAGCCAUUUUCCUGUUCUGAAUGUGGGAAAUGUUUUACGCAGAGCUCAAAUAUGAUUAAACAUAAGAGAACUCAUACAGGUGAGAAGCCAUUUUCUUGUUCUGAGUGUGGAAAAUGUUUUUUACGUAAAGUCUGUCUUGUUAGACAUCAGAGAAGUCACACAGGUGAAAAGCCAUUUUCGUGUUCUGAGUGUGGGAAAUGUUUUUUACAUAAAUCAGAUCUUGCUAACCAUCAGAGAACUCAUACAGGUGAGAAGCCAUUUUCCUGUUCUGCGUGUGGGAAAUGUUUUUUAAGUAAAUCGAAUCUUAUUACACAUCAGAGAAGUCACACAGGUGAGAAGCCAUUUUCCUGUUCUGAGUGUAGUAAAUGUUUUUUAAGUAAAGCACAUCUAGUUUCACAUCUGAGAAGUCACACCGAUGAGAAGCCAUUUUCCUGUUCUGAGUGUGGGAAAUGUUUUUUAAGUAAAUCAAAUCUUAUUACACAUCAGAGAAGUCACACAGAUGAGAAGCCAUAUCCAUGUUCUGAGUGUGGGAAAUGUUUUUUAAGUAAAGCACAUCUUGUUAGACAUCAGAGAAGUCACACAGGUGAAAAGCCAUUUCCAUGUUCUGAGUGUGGGAAAUGUUUUUUAAGUAAAGCACAUCUUGUUACACAUCAGAGAAUUCACACAGGUGAGAAGCCAUUUCCAUGUUCUGAGUGUGGGAAAUAUUUUUUACAGAAAUCAGAUCUUGUUAAACAUCAGAGAAGUCACACAGGUGAGAAACCAUUUCCAUGUUCUGAGUGUGGGAAAUGUUUUGCUUACAAAUCAGAUCUUGUUAGACAUCAGAGAAGUCACACAGGUGAGAAACCAUUUCCAUGUUCUGAGUGUGGGAAAUGUUUUUUACAGAAAUCAGAUCUUGUUAAACAUCAGAGAACUCACAUAGGUGAGAAGCCGUUUCUAUUUCCUGAAUUAAAAUCUAGCACAAAGAAGGAACAUCUCUUCCGUCUUACAAGAGGGAAGUAUUAUUCAUUCAGAGCGCUUGUGCCUUAUCUGUAUCCACUAUUUUUGUGUAUUUCGCUGUGGUUUUAUGACCUCAUGAAAUUCACUUUGGAGCAAGAGCCAAGGAUAAGGUCAUGGUGUAACCUGGAUCCGUAUUCUCCCACUCUUGUGGAAGAGGAGGCACCGGAGAGUCUGGAUCUGGAUAUUACACUGGAGCUGGAAGUGGAGCCCUCCAUGAGUGAGGCAACUGAAGUGGAUGACCCAACCCCACAGCCACGACCCCUGAAACAGCAGAGGUCAUCCAGAAACCCACUUCUGCCCCGCCCAGCUCACAACAGUUCUUUUACUCACACCAAGGAGGUUCUUAAUAGGCUCCCGGACUUGGAGCAAACUUUUGGCAAUUACAUCGCAGCGGAUUUGGACAUGACUGGGGAGGUGAGGGGAUCUGGCAGUAUUUAUAGUGAUAUUGAUGCCUUCCCCAUUUUGCAGGAUUGCACAGUAGUGAAGAAGACAUCCAAUGAGUGUGAGACACCCAGCAGCCGUCCCUGUUUGUCAGAAGGACUAAGCAGAACCCAGAGCCCCAUUACGGUGCCUCCACCUCACUCACUGAUACUUGAGAGACACAGUGACCAGAAGAUCCUGGAACUCACCAACAAGAUCAUUCAGCUGCUGACUGGAGAGGAGGGGGAGUAUAUAGAGGAACACAGGGGUCUGUACAAGGACGUGAUGAUUGAGAAUCACCGGCCCCUCACAUUACUGGAAGGACCCAGUAACAGAGAUACCCCAGAGAGAUGUCCCCGUCCUCUGUAUUCCCAGGAUUGUACAGAGGAGAAUCACAGGAUCCCACAGGAGGAUCAGGCACAACGUCUGUCUGAUAUUAAAAUACAAGGUACAGAGGUAGAAGAAGAGACAUAUGUGACUGAUAUAAAGGCAGAAGAUAUAGAGGACGAAGAAGAGACGUAUGUGACUGAUAUAAAGGCAGAAGAUAUAGAGGGAGAAGAAGAGACGUAUGUGACUGAUAUAAAGGCAGAAGAUAUAGAGGAAGAAGAAGAGACGUAUGUGACUGAUAUAAAGGCAGAAGAUAUAGAGGGAGAAGAGGAGACAUUUGUGACUGAUAUAAAGGCAGAAGAUAUAGAGGGAGAAGAAGAGAUGUAUAUGACUGAUAUAAAGGCAGAAGAUAUAGAAGGAGAAGAAGAGACGUAUGUGACUGAUACAAAGGCAGAAGAUACAGAGGGAGAAGAAGAGACGUAUGUGACUGAUAUAAAGGCAGAAAAUAUAGAGGAUGAAGAAGAGACGUAUGUGAGGGGUGAACAGCAGUGUAAGGAGGAGGAGAUUCCUACAGAUAUCAGCACAGCAGAUGGACACACAAGCAGGAAUAUCUCAGAAGGACAUCUAAUGUUAUCCCCGGAUUGUGACAUAAAAGAUGAUGACAGUAGACAGGAUUCUCCAGGAGAUAACUCCAUUACCCCAAUUAUACAUCCAGCUCUAUCAGCUGAUCCCUCUGAUCCUGGGGAAUGUUCUCCUGAUCACCCUGAUAUUGGUGCAUCUGUUACAGCUCUGACAGUAGAUACAGUGUAUCCAUGUUCUAUAGAUGCCAACUGUUUUACACAGAACACAAACCGUAUUACUCAUCAGACAGCUAAGGCAGGUGAGAGGCCACUGAUAUGUUCUGAGUGUGGGAAAUGUUUUACAAAGAAAUCAUAUCUUGUUAUACAUCAGAGAAGUCACACAGGUGAGAAGCCGUUUUCCUGUUCUGAGUGUGGGAAAUGUUUUACACAGAAAUCAGCUCUUGUUACACAUCAGAGAAGUCACACAGGUGUGAAGCCGUUUUCCUGUUCUGAGUGUGGGAAAUGUUUUGCAUUGAAAUCAGUUCUUGUUAAACAUCAGAAUAGUCACUCAGGUGAGAAGCCGUAUUCCUGUUAUGAGUGUGGGAAAUGUUUUGCAUGCAACUCAAAUCUUGCUACACAUCAGAGAAAUCACACAGGUGAGAAGCCGUUUUCCUGUUCUGAGUGUGGGAAAUGUUUUGCACGCAACUCAAAUCUUGCUACACAUCAGAGAAAUCACACAGGUGAGAAGCCGUUUUCCUGUUCUGAGUGUGGGAAAUGUUUUGCAUGGAAAUCAGAUCUUGUUACACAUCAGAGAAGUCACACAGGUGAGAAGCCGUUUUCCUGUUCUGAGUGUGGGAAAUGUUUUGCAUGGAAAUCAGAUCUUGUUACACAUCAGAGAAGUCACACAGGUGAGAAGCCGUUUUCCUGUUCUGAGUGUGGGAAAUGUUUUACAAAGAAAUCAGCUCUUGUUACACAUCAGAGAAGUCACACAGGUGAGAAGCCGUUUUCCUGUUCUGAGUGUGGGAAAUGUUUUACAAAGAAAUCAGCUCUUGUUACACAUCAGAGAAGUCACACAGGUGAGAAGCCGUUUUCCUGUUCUGAGUGUGGGAAAUGUUUUACACAGAAAUCAGCUCUUGUUACACAUCAGAGAAGUCACACAGGUGAGAAGCCGUUUUCCUGUUCUGAGUGUGGGAAAUGUUUUACACAGAAAUCAUCUCUUGUUACACAUCAGAGAAGUCACAUAGGUGAGAAGCCGUUUUCCUGUUCUGAGUGUGGGAAAUGUUUCACACAGAAAUCACAUCUUGUUACACAUCAGAGAUGGCACACAGGUGAGAAGCCAUUUUCAUGCUGUGAGAGAAAUAAAUCCGCUCUUGUUGAACACAUUAGACAUUACCCAAGUACGGAACCAUUUAAAUCUUCUGGACACACAAGCAGGAAUAUCUCAGAAGGACAUCUAAUGUUAUCCCCGGAUUGUGACAUAAAAGAUAAUGACAGUAGACAGGAUUAUCCAGGAGAUAACCCCAUUACCCCAAUUAUACAUCCAGCUCUAUCAGCUGAGCCCUCUGAUCCUGGGAAAUGUUCUCCUGAUCACUCUGAUAUUGGUGCAUCUGUUACAGCUCUGACAGUAGAUACAGUGUUUCCCUGUUCUAUAGAUGCCAACUAUUUUACACAGAACACAAAGCUUAUAACCCAUCAGCCAGUUAAAGCAAGCGAGAGGCCAUUUCCAUGUUCUGAGUGUGGGAAAUAUUUUACAUACAAAUCAGCUUUUGUUACACAUCAGAGAUAUCACACAGGUGAGAAACCAUUUCCAUGUUCUGAGUGUGGGAAAUGUUUUGCACGGAAAUCAAAUCUUGUUAAACAUCAGAGUAGUCACACAGGUGAGAGGCCAUUUUCUUGCUCUGAGUGCGAGAAAUGUUUUACACGGAAAUCAAAUCUUGUUAAACAUAAGAGUAGUCAUACAGGUGAGAGACCAUUUCCGUGUUCUGAGUGUGGGCAAUGUUUUGCACAGAAAUCACAUCUUGUUACACAUCAGAGAAGCCACACAGGUGAGAAGCCUUUUCCAUGUUCUGAGUGUGGAAAAUGUUUUGCACAGAAAUCCAAUCUUGUUACACAUCAGAGAAGUCACACAGGUGAGAAGCCAUUUUCUUGCUCUGAGUGUGGGAAAUGUUUUGGACGCAAAUCAGAUCUUGUUACACAUCAGAGAAGUCACACAGAUAAGAAUCCAUUUCCAUGUUCUGAGUGUGGGGAAUGUUUUGCACACAAAUCAGAUCUUGUUAUACAUCAGAGAAGUCACAGAGGUGAGAAUCCAUAUCUAUGUUCUGAGUGUGGGAAAUGUUUUGCACACAAAUCACAUCUUGUUACACAUCAGAGAAGUCACACAGGUGAGAAGCCAUUUUAUUGCUCUGAGUGCGGGAAAUGUUUUACCCAGAAAUCAUGUCUUGUUAUACAUCAGAGAAGUCACACAGGUGAGAAGCCAUUUCCAUGUUCUGAGUGUGGGAAAUGUUUUGCACACAAAUCAGAUCUUGUUAUUCAUCACAGAAGUCACACAGGUGAGAAGCCAUUUUCUUGCUCUGAGUGCGGGAAAUGUUUUGCACAGAAAUCACAUCUUGUUACACAUCAGAGAAGUCACACAGGUGAGAAGCCAUUUUAUUGCUCUGAGUGUGGGAAAUGUUUUACCCAGAAAUCAAGUCUUGUUACACAUCAGAGAAGUCACACAGGUGAGAAGCCAUUUUAUUGCUCUGUGUGUGGGAAAUGUUUUACCCAGAAAUCAAGUCUUAUUAUACAUCAGAGAAGUCACACGGGUGAGAAGAAGUUUGCUGCUGUCCUACAACACUCGGCCACUGGAGGAGUUGGGGUGUUAGUAGGAAUUCGGUACAGCACAGGUUUCACUGAUUAUAUUUCAGCGAUGUUGCAUUCUGACGAUUCAAUGCCAGACCUGAUAGCUCAAGAGGAACAUGAGGAAGGUGAAUUGGGCCAGAAGUCAGAUAAUGAGGUUACUGAUAGUCUGGCCAUUGAUAAUCUCAUCGAUUCUCUGAAUAAGCAGUUAACAGAAGCAUGGAAGAAUCCGGAUAAACGGUUUUCUAUGCCUCAACGGUUUCUGUCAAGUUACCCGUUCCCAGAGUCUAUGACGUCUAAAUGGUUCCUAAAUGUAAAUUAUCUGGAUCAGCAUUCAAAUCCUAUAGACCUCAGUCCUUUCGAGGCCAUGCUAGAAGAACAACCAUACACAGUAGACAUGGUAGAACGUCUGUCUGAUAUUAAAACAGAAAAUAUAGAGGGAGAAGAAGAGAAGUAUCUAACUGUUAUAAAGGCAGAAGAUACAGAUGAAGAAGAGAUGUAUCUAACUGUUAUAAAGGUAGAAGAUACAGAGGAAGAAGAAGAGACGUAUGUGAGGGGAGAUCAGCAGUGUAAGGAGGAGGAGAUCCCUACAGAUAUCACCACAGAUUCUCUCCCUCUGCGGCUGGUUCCCUCUCGUGAACAAUGCAGCCAGUCCUCCCAAGAAUGUUCUCCUGAUCACUCUGAUAUUGGUGCAUCUGUUACAGCUCUGAGAGUAGAUACAGUGUUUCCCUGUUCUGUUGAUGCCAAAUGUUUUACACAGAACACAAAACUUAUUACCCAUCAGCCAGCUAAGGCAGGUGAGAGGCCAUUUCCAUGUUCUGAGUGUGGGAAAUGUUUUACACAGAAAUCAGGUCUUGUUACACAUCAGAGAAGACACACAGGUGAUAGGCCAUUUCCAUGCUCUGAGUGUGGGAAAUGUUUUAUCUGGAAAUCAGAACUUGUUAAACAUCAGCGAAGUCACACAGGUGAGAAUCCAUUUCCAUGUUCUGAGUGUGGGAAAUGUUUUACAUACAAAUCACAUCUUGUUAUACAUCAGAGAAGGCACACAGGUGAGAGGCCAUUUUCUUGCUCUGAGUGCGGGAAAUGUUUUACCUGGAAAUCACAACUUGUUACACAUCAGCGAAGUCACACAGGUGAGAAUCUAUUUCCAUGUUCUGAGUGUGGGAGAUGUUUUACAAUCAAAUCAUGUCUUGUAAAACAUAAGAGAAUACAUACUGGUGAGAAACCAUAUUCCUGUUCUGAGUGUGGGAAAUGGUUUACAUACAAAACUACUCUUGAUGCACAUAAGAGAAGUCACACAGGUACAUCACCAUUUCCAUGUUCUGAGUGUGGGAAAUAUUUUGCACAGAAAUCACAACUUGCUAGACAUCAGAGAAGUCACACAGGUGAGAGGCCAUUUCCAUGUUCUGACUGUGGAAAAUGUUUUGCACGGAAAUCACACCUUGUUACACAUCAGCAAAGUCACACAGGUCAGAAGCCAUUUCCAUGUCCUGAGUGUGGGAAAUGGUUUGCACAGAAAUCAGGUCUUGUUAAACAUCAGAGAAGUCACACAGGUGAGAAGCCAUUUCCAUGUCCUGAGUGUGGGAAAUGUUUUGCACGGAAAUCAGAUCUUGUUAUACAUAACAGAAGUCACACAGGGGAGAAUCCAAUUUCUUGCUCUGUGUGUGGGAAAUUGUUUGCACAGAAAUCAGAUCUUGUUAAACAUCAGAGAAGUCACACAGGUGAGAAGCCUUUUUCUUGCUCUGAGUGCGCAAAAUGUUAUACUCGGAAAUCACAUCUUAUUAUACAUAUGAGAAGUCACACAGGUGAGAGGCCGUUUCCAUGUUCUGAGUGUGAGAAAUGUUUUGCACACAAAUCAGAUCUUGUUAUACAUAACAGAAGUCACACAGGGGAGUAUCCAAUUUCUUGCUCUGAGUGUGGGAAAUGUUUUAAACGGAAAUCAGAACUUGUUAUACAUCAAAGAAGUCACACAGGUGAGAAGCCAUUUCCAUGUUCUGAGUGUGAGAAAUGUUUUGCACUCAAAUCAACUCUUGUUAGACAUCAGCAAAGUCACACAGGUGAGAAGCCAUUUUCUUGCACUGAGUGUGGGAAAUGUUUUGCACACAAAUCACAUCUUGUUAGACAUCACAAAAGUCACACAGGUGAGAGGCCAUUUCUUUACUCUGAGAAAUAAAUCAGCUCUUGUUGCACACAAUAGACCACUCAGGUGAGGAGCCAUUUUAAUCUUCUGGAGUAUCGUUAUCAUUGCCAUGCAUUGUUCUUCAAGGUUCUUAUCCUAUCUCCUAUGCUUUUUGCAAUAUACAUGCUACCGCAGGGUGAAAUAAUCAGAUGCCAUGUCCUCAUCUACCACUGCUAUGCAGAUGACCUGUCUCUUGCUCCGGGUAACCCAGUACCAAUCCUAAAUGGUUGUGUAGCUGAGCUCCAGGUGUGGGUGAUGCCAGUUGGCUGUGAUUCAGUUCUGGUGAAACAUGUCCUUCUGAUAGAAGCUCACCAACAAAGGGCAGGGCUACAGCUCAGCUUUGUUACCAACCAGACUUAUGCUUGUGUGUUCAGAGUUACAAAAUGCUGAUCAUGUGCGGAAUAUUGGUGUCCUGGAAGGCGGAGUGACACUUAGACAUCAGUUAUCAGCCACAAUCAGAUCCUCAUCUGAGGAACAUAGCCAGACUCCAGCACUUAUUUCCCUCAGAAGAUCUACCUACAGUCAUACAUGCACUUGUAUCAUCACACAUAGACUACUGCAAUGUGCU